CAUGAUCACGCCUUUGAUAUGUGCUACAAGCAUUGGAGACCUCUCGUUGACAAACGGUGGGCGAGUCGAUGGAUAUUAAGUUUAUGACAACUCGUAUUCUUUUGCUGUGUUGCUUUCCAGUACCUCAGAUUACCGGAGUCUUUGCACACCAGAAUUGAGGUAAUUGCCGCUGCCCAGCCUACCGCAGGAGUUGAAUUGCUAUAAUACUUUCAAAGCAAUACAGCAUUGCCACUUCAUCCUCUGACGGAAUAGAAUAUUAUAAUCGAGCAAAAUGUUCAGCACAAAGAUUUCGCCGGAACCAAGUCAGGACAACGAAGUAGAAAGAGUUGAGAUGCAGAGCGAGAAAUACUCUUUGGAGGUCGAGCUUGGCCAAGAUGGUGGGAAACCAAAAAAGAAUGUGGAGGACGUCAUUGCAAUAGAGGACCCUGACCCCCAGAAAGCUGAAGAGAUAAAGGUGAAGCCAUAUGCAGGCAUGGGGAAAGAGGAGCUUUUGCAACAUUCUGGGACCAGAGUCUGGAAAAAUAUGAGAAAUAUCUUCAUCUGGUUCUUUUUCCUGUGCUGGGUGGUACUGGUCUGCACCAGCAUUGCCCUCAUUGUAGUCUUCCCGAGAUGCAAGGUAGCCAAGAAGACUGCUUGGUGGGAGGAAACGACAGUGUAUUGGAUUUAUCCCAAGAGUUUUCAAGAUUCAGACAAAAAUGGCAGAGGUGACAUCAAAGGCAUCGAGAACAGGCUCGGCCAUCUCACCGAUAUCGGGGUUGAUACAUUUCUCCUUGAUACUAUUUUACAAAACGGAGGGGAACCAUCGGAAAGUGGAUAUGACGUCACAAGCUUUGUUAACAUUGAUCCAGUCUAUGGAAAUUUGAUGGCUGUGGAAAGUUUGAUAAACAAGACCCACGAGAAAGGUCUGCACCUUCUGAUGACCUUCAUCCCCAACCACACUGGAACCAAGCAUGCCUGGUUCAUUGAGAGUGCAAAGGACAAAACAAACGCUUACAGGAACUUCUUCAUCUGGAGGGAUUGUGGAAGCGCUGGCACCCAACCUCCAAACAACUGGCUUAGCAUGUUUGAUAAAAGCGCCUGGACAUUUAACGCCAAUCGCACACAGUGUUACUUCCACCAAGGCACCGAGUUCCAGCCAGACCUUAACCUGAGGAAUACCCAGGUCCAGAAAGAAAUAGAGAAAGCCAUGACGUUCUGGUUGGAGAAGGGCGUAGACGGAUUCUACAUCCCCCGGGCUUCCUACCUGUUCGAGGACUACGAUCUACGAAAUGAAACAACAAACCCAAGUGGCAAUGGUUACAACUCUCUGAUGCACAACUACACCCAGAAUCUUGCGGACACCCAUGGCAUGAUUAAGCGUUGGCGCAGAUUCCUCGACGACUUCAGCCUGCAGAACAAUGUCAGCGCCAAGUUCCUUCUUCUCGACGGAUGGGGCACGACCCCGGAAGAAGCAAAGCAGUACUAUGAGGCUGACGAGGCUAUUGAGCUGGUGAACCACAGGCUGCAGGCGAUGGAGAACACCUGCAAUGGCAAGUGCGUCAAGGGGUUGGUCGAAGGCUGGCUCACGGGGAUUGGUGCGCAGAGGACCAAUUGGCCGGUGACCUCACCAUCGCUGUCCCGGCCUGCCAACAGAUUUGGAGUCAACUACCUGAAUGCCUUGAACAUGCUCUCCCUCCUGUUGCCCGGGACUGGCUUGGUAUACUACGGGGAUGAACUGGGUAUGGUGGAUUCAGCAGCGACAGGCCUUAGCGACCCAAUGGAUGCCUACCGUAGCCCUAUGCAAUGGAGUAAUGCAACCAACGCUGGUUUCACCGACGCCGCAGUGACCCCCUGGCUUCAGGUCAACAGUGAUGCUGCCGAUAUCAAUGUCUUGCUAGAGAAGGAGAUUGUCAACUCGACCUUGACCUUUUACAAGAGUGUCCUCGCCCUCAGGAAACAGGCGGCUAUCAAGCAGAGUGACAACAUGCACUAUGCAGUAGUCAACGACAAUGUGUUUUCAUUCGUCAAGGAGUGGGACGGGGUUGCAAGGUAUCUUGUUGCCAUUAACUUUGGUAUUGCCACCUCCAAAGAUGACUAUCCCGCAGCACUCUCCGUGAUUCCGGCGGAAGCGACCGUUAUCUUGACGACAGAAAACGGGGUCUCCUACAAGAUGGAGGACAAAGUCGAAACGAAGAAACUAGAACUUGGGCCUCAGCAGGGGGUGGUUCUCACAUGGGAUUAUAUCAUUAAAGAACACCUGUAAACACUGUAGAUGAAUUGAAGAGUAAUUUGAUUUCGAAAAUGUAACCGUAGACUGAUUAACUUUUAUGUUUCCGUCCUGUAGUUUUCAAAGUUGACUUUGAUGUUUUACACCUAAUGUUGUUUGCUAUACCUUGUGCCUCGCUUUAGUGAGCUUGGCUUGGUACAAAAUGUUGAAGCAGCCAAAAGGCAGUCAAAUCACAUAUCUGUGCUUAGUUUCAGUGCUUAGUUUAGUUUAGAAUCGAAAUUGAUAUCUCACUGUAGGUAGACCCACAAUUGGCUGUCUCACCAAACAACAUCAGGUAGAGGAGUCAUUUUGUCGAAAUCCCCGGCGACGUGCCUCGGUUUAGGCCUAUAAGUUAUAUAUUUUAGCUCCACGCCUAAGACGACCACCAAAUCCAGUUCGAUAUCAAUUUCUUGUAAUUGUAAUUUUCAUUGAUAAUGAUACAGAAGUUCGCAGGUAAAUAAUGGAGGCCGACGUAUAACAUAAUUCAAUUGGAACCGAAUAAAGUCCAUACCAUCGCAAUA